CCAUUGAGUCGUGAAUACAGAUUUGUACAGAUUUGUAUGGAUUUGUAUUUGUUAAGAAAGAUUUUAAUAAGAAAGGUCAAAUUUCUUUUCUCUAUUAUUUAAGAGGUUCUGUUUGACUUUCUUUUAAUUUGUAAAUAAUAUAAAGUAAAUAACCGUAUAAGAGAGUGUAGUCACGUAAGCAGUAUCGAAAUAAUGGCAAGUCAAAUACGCUUUAGUUGUUUGUAUAAAUUUAACUAAAACAGAAAAAUAAAUUUUAUACGAUUAAUAGACUUAAUUCGUCUUCGGAGAAAUGUAAUUUGGUUACGAGUGAGUGAGGUAUAUGAUCUACAUUGAUGAAAUAGGCGUAUUAGUGUAAAUAAUGUUUAUACAAAGUAAUGUUGACGUAUAAUGAUAGUGAUAUGUGUGUAUAUAUAUAUAUUUUGAAACGUGGUAUGAAAAUACCGAAAUAUUGUUGAAUGAAAUUGGUUAUUUUUAAUCGAAUUAGAUAUCUUUAAUAAAAAAUAUCGUUAAUAAAAUUUUAUAUGCGAAAUAAAAAAAUAAUUAUCCCUUUGAAGAAAUUCAAAACACAUUAUUUUGAUACAAGUGAAGUAUUUAUAAAGUAAGUCAACGUUAUGUCGAAACAAGGUUAUAUAUCUUCGAAAAAAUCACAAAGGUCCAAACAAAAUGAGAUACCUGUUAAAGAUCAUGUUUCACUAGUAGAAAGAAUGAAGCCUGUAAAUUUUACUUCUUACAUGGGCCAAAAACACGUGAUUGGACCUAAUACAGUAUUGCGAAAUUUCUUGGAAAUAGGAGAAAUUCCUAGUAUGAUAUUGUGGGGACCACCUGGCUGUGGUAAGAAAUCUUUAGUCAAUAUUAUAAUACAACUAACCAAAGAAAAAUUCCAAGAUAAAACGCAUAUUGUAAAAUUAGUCGCAACGACAUGUGGUGUUGGAGAAGUUAAAACAGCUGUAAAGACAGCAGAGAAUUUAUUAAAAUUUGGUCAUAGAACAAUUGUCUUUAUGGAUAACAUUCAUCGUUUCAAUAAACUUCAACAAGAUAUAUUCUUGCCACACAUAGAAGCUGGAACAUUUAUUCUUAUUGGAGCAACAAUAGAAAAUCCUUCGUACAGUUUGAAUUCAGCACUGCUAAGUCGUUGCCGUAUAUUUUCAUUAAGUAAAUUAUCAACCAAAGAUAUAAUUGAAAUACUUAAGAAAAGCAUACAUUGUAUGGAUGGUAGAAUCCAUAAUUUACAGAAUUCUGACAAUGUCUCAAAAUUUAUAAUUCAUAGCGACACAUUGGAAUGGUUAGCUGAAAUAUGUGAUGGAAAUGCACAAGUUGCAUUAAGUGGUUUAGAAUUUGCAAUUCGUGCAAAAAAUUUAUCGUAUGAUAAAACACCUACUAUAGGUCUCGAAGAUAUCAAACAAGGUUUAAUACAUAUAUACAUGCAAGCGGACAAUAAAAAUGAACAGACGCAUCAUUUGUACUCUGCUUUGCACAAAUCAAUUUGUGCAGGCAAACCAAAUGCGUCUUUAUAUUGGUUAGCUAGAAUAAUGGCUGCUAAAGAAGAUCCUGUGGAUAUCGCUAGACGUUUAAUCAGAAUAUCGAGCGAAGAUAUUGGUCUAGCUGAUCCAGAUGCUUUAGGUUUAGCUGUCGAUACAUUGAGUGCUUGCCAAAUGAUCGGUAUGCCUGAAAGCGAUGUAAUGUUAGGACAAUGUGUAAUUUACUUAACCAAAGCACCAAAAUCACGUCUGAUUUAUAAUGCCCUAAAGGCAGCUCAAAAAGUUAUUAAUGAAACCAAAGAAUCACAGCCAGAUGUUUAACGCGUCAUGUUUAAAUUAUUUUUUAUAGGAUCAAGAAUUUUUAUAGAUACAAGAAACUAAUAGAACUCUUGUAUCAGAGAGUCUAUGAUAGGUUAAUUUAUAACACAAAGAUCAACGACGAUCAUUUUGUGUGCUACGUUAAUUUUUCUAUAUUAUAUUAUACUAUAAAAAAUAAAAUAUAUUUUAUAUACUUUGAA